CCGCAUGUUAGAUGAAUGGGUUACAAAACGGAGCAUUGCCCCUAAAAAGCACCGCACAUCUACCGACAUUCCCGUCAACCUGACCGUAUUUUUUUCAGAGUAUCCGAAUGCCCACUAUGACAAACCUUCUCCGGCUAUUUCGUGACAUACUUUCUAAACCUCGCGAUAAUAAUGACAGGGACACAGCUCUCCAUGAUAACCUCUCAAAGGUAGAGAAUUCUAGUCAGGAUCGGACGUUCACACAUGGCUAUGCUCGCGCCUCGGUAAGCAUCGAUUUACUCGAAGAAUUGCGGGAAGAGAUCAAUCGUUUGAAAAAAAUUGAAAAGAAGCUGGCAAGCGAAUAUGGGAUGAGUAGCGACCCCAUCGAUCUGCCUCCUAAAUUGCAUGCUCCUUUGCUCCCAAUUCAAAGUCUUCACGUUGAUGCCUCCCGAUUCUGGGCUGUUAUAAUUGGCAUCGACGGGUAUCCAUCUCAUAAUAAAUUACUAGGCUGCGUGUCAGACGCUAUCAAAAUGGGGACGUUCUUGUAUGAAGAUUUGGGGUCAAAAACCUACCAUCCAUCUCGUGCCAACAUUCUCAUGACACUGUUUGGUCUCAUCGACAACCCCGAGAUACAGAAAGAUGAAAAUAUAAUCAUCUACUUCGCUGGCCACGGCGCAGCUUAUCGUGCUGAAGGGAUCGAUGUACGGUAUGCUAUCGCCGACAUCAGCGAUCGCCAGAUCAACACCAUCCUCACCCAGAUAUCCCGUGCCAAAGGACGUAGAAUUACCCUCAUCCUGGAUUGUUGCCAUGCAGGCAGCAUCACCAGAGCUCCCCCAGGUGGAAGAGACAAUGCGGAAUUGAUGUCGAAACACUUCCCUGAAUGGUUCCCAGAUAUGGAUUCCCAUGUAGCUCUGGCUGCCUGUGAGGCAUUCCAGAUAGCAAUAGAGGUAAAGGGGCAGGGGAAGGAAACUGGUGGCUAUUUCACGACGCAUCUUCUCGCUGCUUUGAGAUCCGGCUGUUUGACAAGGGAGACGACCUAUCGCGGCCUACUCGAAUUCAUUCCCGUCUCUGACAGGCAGACACCGGUUGUUGCUGGGACACAAAUGGAUGCACUUCUC